AGCCUCAAUGACUCCCACAACCAGAUGGUCGUCCACUGGGCGGGAGAGAAGAGCAACGUGAUCGUGGCCUUGGCCAGAGACAGCCUGUCGUUGCUGGGUCCGAAAAACGGCGACGUUUACGUGUCGUACGACUAUGGAAAGAGUUUUAAGAAGAUUUCAGAGAGGUUCACCUUCAGCGGAGGGAACAGCAGCGAGGUGGCCAUUGCCCAGUUCUACCACAGCCCGGCCGACAACAAGAGGUAUAUCUUCGUGGAUGCUUUCGUCCCGUACCUCUGGAUCACCACCGACUUCUGCAACAAUAUUCAGGGCUUCUCGAUUCCCUUCCGAGCGGCAGACCUGCUCCUGCAUGGCAGGAACCCCGACCUCCUCUUGGGCUUCGACAGGUCCCAUCCUCAAAAACAGCUCUGGAAAUCGGAUGAUUUUGGCCAGACGUGGAUAAUGAUUCAGGAACACGUGAAGUCUUUUUCGUGGGGAGCUGAGCCCUACGACAAGCCAAAUGCAGUGUACGUCGAGCGGCACGAGCCUUCUGGGGCUUCGACUGUCAUUCGCAGCACCGAUUUCUUUCAGACACGAGAAAAUAAAGACAUAAUCCUGGAAGAUGUUGAAGACUUCCAGCUCAGGGAGAGAUACCUGUUCGCAACAAAGUCCGUGCGUUCGCAAGGCAGCUCGCAGCCGCCUUCGGUCCAGCUCUGGGUUUCCUUCGACCGCAAGCCGAUGCGCGUGGCACAGUUCGUAACCAAGCAUCCAAUUACGGAAUAUUACGUUGCCGAUGCCUCGGAGGACCAGGUGUUUGUCUGCGUCAGCCACCAUAACAACCGUACCGACCUCUACAUCUCGGAGGCAGAAGGCCUGAAGUUCUCGCUGUCUUUGGAAAAUGUGCUCUACUACAGCCCCGGAGGAGCUGGAAGCGACACCUUGGUCAGGUACUUUGCCAACGAGCCCUUUGCGGACUUCCAUCGCGUCGAAGGCGUGCGGGGCGUCUACAUCGCCACGCUGAUCAACGGCGAGGGCAGUCCCGCCGCAAGCGAGUCCCUCCUCGGCUGUCCAAGCGGAGAGGGCCGGACUAGGUGGGACGAGGGCGCGGGCGAGCGCGGGAUGGACGGUUAACGCUGCCGUGUUCUGCUUUUCCAGUUUUCUCAGGGCUGCUCUCUCCACCUGGCCCAGCGCCUGAGCCAGCUGCUUAAUUUCCAGCUGCGCAGGAUGCCCAUUCUCUCCAAGGAGUCGGCGCCGGGACUGAUCGUCGCCACCGGCUCCGUUGGCAAGAACAUGGCAAGGAAAACCAACGUCUAUGUCUCGAGCAGUGCCGGAGCGAGGUGGAGAGAGGCGCUGUCCGGACCUCACUAUUACACCUGGGGCGACCACGGCGGCAUUCUGGUGGCCAUCGCGCAAGGCACCGAGACCGACCAGCUCAAGUACAGCACAAACGAAGGGGAAACCUGGAAAACGUUCACUUUCUCCGAGAAGCCGGUGUUUGUGUACGGCCUGCUUACCGAGCCCGGCGAGAAAAGCACCAUAUUCACCAUCUUCGGCUCCUACAAAGAGAAUGGCCACAGCUGGCUGAUACUGCAGAUCAACACCACUGACGUGCUGGGCGUCCCUUGCACAGAGAACGACUACAAACUGUGGUCACCCUCCGACGAGCGAGGCAAUGAAUGCUUACUGGGGCAUAAAAGCGUUUUCAAAAGGAGGACUCCUCACGCGACCUGUUUCAACGGGGAAGAUUUUGACAGGCCUGUCAUGGUCUCCAACUGCUCUUGUACAAGGGAAGACUUUGAAUGCGAUUUUGGCUUUAAACUGAGCGACGACUUAUCGUUAGAAGUUUGCGUCCCUGACCCCGAAUUCGCCGGGAGACCGUACGACCCGCCGGUCCCUUGCCCCGUGGGCUCCACUUACAGGAAGACUCGAGGCUACCGGAAGAUCUCUGGGGACACUUGUACAGGUGGAGACAUCGAGUCGCGGCUCGAAGGGGAGCUGGUACCGUGCCCGCUCGCUGAGGAGAACGAGUUCAUUCUCUAUGCCACCCCCUACUCCAUCCACCGCUACGACCUCGCCUCCGGCGUCAGCGAGGAGCUGCCCCUGGCCGGGCUGCGAGGGGUUGCCAAGCCAGACGGAGACCUGCGGUUCACCGUCCUCAAUUCCUCGAUACUGGAACGACCCAGAGCACUCGCUCUGGUUCCCCGAGACGGGCUGAUGUUCUGGACAGACUGGGGAGACUCCAGAGCCGGCAUUUACAGAAGCGACAUGGACGGGUCCUCGGCCGGGUGCAUCGUUUCGGAGGGCGUGCGGUGGCCAAACGGCAUUUCUGUGGAUGACCGCUGGAUCUACUGGACCGAAGCCUAUAUGGACAGGAUCGAGAGGGUCGAUUUCAAUGGGCUGCGGAGAUCCGUGAUCCUGGACGGCCUCCCUCACCCCUACGCUAUUGCAGUGUUUAAGAAUGAAAUCUACUGGAACGACUGGUCACAGCUGAGUAUUUUCCGAGCAUCCAAAACCAGCGGCUCUAGAAUGGAGAUCUUAGUCGGCCGAUUAAAUGGGAUCAUGGAUAUGAAAAUCUUUUACAGAGGAAAAACAACAGGGGAGAACGCCUGCAUCGCCAAGCCCUGCAGCCUGCUCUGCCUGCCCAAGUCGAACAACGGCAGGAGCUGCAAGUGUCCCGAGGGGGUGUCCAGCACCGUGCUGCCCACAGGGGAGGUGAAGUGCGACUGUCCUCACGGCUACCUCACGAAGAACAACACUUGCGUGAAGGAAGAAAACACGUGUCUGCCGAACCAGUACAGAUGCUUCAAUGGGAACUGCAUAAACAGCAUUUGGCAGUGUGACAACGAUAAUGACUGUGGGGACAUGAGCGAUGAGAAGAACUGCCCCACCACCGUGUGCGAUGCCGAGACCCAGUUCCGCUGCCAGGGCUCGGGGACCUGCAUCCCGCUGUCCUACAAAUGCGACCUGGAGGACGACUGCGGAGAUAACAGCGACGAAAGUCGCUGCGAGGCUCACCGGUGUAGACACGAUGAAUUCAGCUGCAGCUCGGGGAUGUGCAUUCGUCUCUCCUGGAUGUGUGAUGGUGAUAACGAUUGCAGGGACUGGUCGGAUGAAGCAAACUGCACCGGUAAUCCCACACCCGUGAGCCUCGCGGUUGAAAGUCACAACGCUCAACCGUCCUUAGCACCACAGGGUAAAAGCGAUUUCCGUCAGCAGUACCCUACAGUUAACACCCAGACAGACACCUUCCCUGCAGAAAAAAAGUGCAACGGCUUCCAAUGCCCGAAUGGCACUUGCAUCCCAACCAGCAAACACUGCGACGGCAUCAACGACUGCUCCGACGCCUCGGACGAGCAGCACUGCGAACCCCUGUGCACCCGCUACAUGGAUUUCGUGUGCAAGAACCGGCAGCAGUGCUUGUUCCACUCCAUGGUGUGCGACGGCAUCAUCCAGUGUCGAGACGGAUCGGAUGAGGAUUCCAACUAUGCUGGCUGCUCCCAGGACCCCGAGUUCCACCGGACCUGCGACCAGUUCAGCUUCCAGUGCCAGAACGGCGUGUGCAUCAGCCUGGUGUGGAAGUGCGAUGGGAUGGAUGACUGUGGCGAUUACUCUGACGAAGCAAACUGUGAAAACCCCACAGAGGCUCCUAACUGCUCCCGGUACUACCAGUUCCAGUGCGGGAACGGGCACUGCAUCCCCAACCGAUGGAAGUGCGACAAGGAGAACGACUGCGGGGACUGGUCCGAUGAGAAGGAGUGCGAGGGUUCUCCGGUGCAUCCCAUCACUACGUCCAUCCCACCGACGUGUCUGCCCAACCACUUCCGCUGCAACAGCGGUGCCUGCAUCACGAACAGCUGGGUCUGCGACGGGUACAAGGACUGCGCCGACGGCUCCGACGAGGAAGCCUGCCCCACCUCGCAGCCCACCGCCUCCUCUCUCCCUGGGCGCCAGCCUGCUUUGGAAGCGGCGGUGCCAGCGCUGGCAUUGCCAACGGGCCGGCACCGGCGAGGGGACCCUCCUGCCCCGAGUCCUGAAACCGUUCCGCCUCUUUCAGCUACUCACGGCAGCCUGUUGUGCCCUAAUGGUUAUAAGUGCGAGGAUGAAGAAGCCUGCAUUAUGGCGACAGAGCGGUGCGACGGAUAUCUGGACUGCUCAGACAGCAGCGAUGAGAGGAACUGUACCGAUGACACCAUCGUGUACAAAGUCCAGAACCUCCAGUGGAUGGCCGAUUUCUCUGGCGAUGUCACUCUGACGUGGGCUCGGCCAAAAAGAAUGUCCUCAACCUCCUGUGUCUACAACGUCUAUUACAGGAUGGUCGGUGAAGGCAUAUGGAAGAUUUUGGAAACCCACAGCAACAAAACCAACAGCGUUUUGAAAGUCCUCAAGCCUGACUGCACCUAUCAGGUGAAAGUCCAAGUGCAGUGUCUCAGCCGAGUCUACAACACCAACGACUUCAUCACCCUCCGGGCACCCGAAGGACUACCGGAUGCUCCCUUCAACCUUCAGCUGUCCCUGAAAAAAGAAGCUGAAGGAGUGGUGAUGGGCUGCUGGAGUCCCCCCGUGAACGCCCACGGCCUCAUACGGGAAUUCAUCGUGGAAUACAGCAGGAGUGGAUCUAAGGAGUGGUCGUCCCUUAGAACCACCAAGAACUUCACCGAGAUCAAGAACUUACAGGUCAACACGUUAUACACAGUUAGAGUUGCUGCGGUCACUAGUCGAGGAGUGGGAAACUGGAGUGAUUCCAAAUCCAUAACCACCACAAAAGACAAAGUCAUUCCUCCACCUGUCAUACACAUUGAAAGCUACAGCGAGGACUCCAUAAGCUUCAGCCUAAAAAUGACUACUAAUAUCAAGGUCAGCGGUUACGUUGUGGACAUCUACUGGACAUUUGAUACACACAGGCAGGAAAAAAGAACUCUGAUCAUAGAAGGAGAAAAGUCCGUCCACAAAGUGGCAAAUUUGACAGCACACACCCCCUAUGAAAUUUCUGCUUGGGCUAGGACGGAGCUGGGUGACAGCCCUCUGUCUUUUGUACAUGUGGUGACCAGUGGGACAAGACCUGCAUCACCGAGUCUCAAAGCCAAGGCCAUCAACCAGACGGCGGUGGAGUGCAGCUGGACCGGACCGAGGAAUGUCGUCUACGGCAUCUUCUACGCCACAUCCUUCCUAGAGCUGUACAGAAGCCCUCACAACACCACCACGACCUCCCACAACAUCACUGUGAUCGUGCAGCGGGACGAGCAGUACCUGUUUCUGGUCCGUGUGAUGUCUCCCUACCAAGGGCCACCAUCCGACUACGCUGUGGUGAAGAUGAUCCCUGACAACCGGCUUCCCCCUCGGCACCUCCACUCGGUGCACACCGGAAAGACGUUUGCGGUCAUUAAGUGGGAAUCGCCCUACGAUUCGCCCGACCAGGACAUGUUAUACGCCGUCGCAGUUAAAGAUUUAGUAAGAAAAACAGAUAAAAUCUACAAAGUGAAAACCCGGAACAGCACGGCGGAGUACACCGUUAAGAAACUUGAACCAGGAGGCAAAUACCAUGUGAUUGUUCAACUGGGAAACAUGAGCAAAGAAUCCAGCGUGAAGAUCAACACAGUUCCACUGUCUGCGCCAGACGCCUUAAAAAUUAUAACAGAAAAUGACCAUAUUCUGCUUUUUUGGAAGAGUUUGGCAUUGAAGGAAAGUGAUUUCAAUGAAAGCCGGGGUUACGAGAUUCGCAUGUUUGACAGCUUGCUGAACAUCACGGCUUAUCUUGGGAAUACCACAGAAAACUUCUUCAAAGUUUCCAACCUGAAAAUAGGUCACAACUACUCAUUCACCGUUCAGGCCAGUUGCCUGUACAGCGGGCAGAUGUGCGGCGAGCCUGCCACGCUUCUCUAUGACGAACUAGGAGCUGGUGAAGACUCGUCUGCAACAAAAGUGGGUAGACCCACUGACGUCGCUGCGAUCGUGGUGCCGGUGCUGUUCCUGCUGCUGCUGACCCUGGGGAUUGGCUUCGUGGUGCUGUACAUGAGGCACAGACGCCUGCAGAACAGCUUCACUGCCUUUGCUAACAGCCACUACAGCUCCCGCCUGGGCUCGGCCGUAUUCUCCUCGGGAGACGAUUUAGGAGAUGAGGAUGACGAAGCCCCGAUGAUAACUGGAUUUUCAGACGAUGUUCCCAUGGUCAUCGCGUGAAGCGCAUUUCUGACUGUAAAAACCAAAUGGUGUAAAUAUUUUAUUUGAUAAAAAUAGUUGAUUGUUUAUUUUAAAAAUGCACUUUGAGUUGCAAUAUGUUAUUUUUAUAUGGGCCAAAAAAAAAUUAAAAAUACACUUUGUAGUAAUCAACUGUGAAUUGCAGACUAGGUCGGUUUAGUAACAAAUUGCUUUGAUUUAACAUUAAUUUAGUCUUACAAGGCUAUGCUUGCUGGGCAUGCUUUUAAGUCUGUGAGAUAAUUUCCGUUGACUAAAUUGGCUACUCACUUUAUUUUUCUAAGACAAGAACAAAUUUAUUUAAAAAAAUUCAGGAGAUUAUAUGUGUAGAGAGAGAGAUAAGUCAUAUAGUCCCUGAAGGUUUUGCUUUUACUUUAACAAAAAAA